AUGGAUGAACGUCAUGAGCACACGGUAGCCUCAUUGGAAGAAGAGAUCCUGGCCCGCAUCCACGUCAAAAUAAUGGCGGUAGAAACGCGAGACCAGCUAAGGACCGCAAGAGCCCAGAUCGGCACCCUCUCCACCGACAACGAACGGCUCAUCAAGUCGAAUAACAGUUUGACAGCCGAAGCCCAAGCAAUCUGCAAGGACUUCGAGGAUUACAAGGACAAAAUAAAGGGCCAGAUGGACGCCCUUUACGGCAACAUGGUUGCCUUGAAGGAGGCACAGGAGAAGACCACUACCUACAUCAUUGGCUUAGAGUCUCGACUCAAUAAUGCCAUUAUCAACCUCCCUGAUCCACCCAAAUACUCGGGAAGGAAAUCAUCAGAAAAUUUCGAGACUUGCUUCACGAACCUCCUCAUCUGGCUCGAUUACAACCACUUCACUGAUGACAAGGACAAAAUUCGGCAGGCCAACGCACAUCCAGAAGGCGGAGCAGCUCUAUACAUGAAAGAGUACGCAAUCAAGCUCACCUCCGGACAAGACAUUGGCACAUGGGCAGAAUACACCAGAAAACUGGAGAUGGCAUACAAGAUGCUUGACCCCAAGUGCACGGCACAAUCAUUGCUAGAUGCACACUGCGCAAUCCACCACAAAACGAUGAUUGCCUUCGCGGAGAAUUUCAGGGCCUACGCCCCCGAAUCAGGGUACUCCGACGAAGAUUUAAUUGUCAAGAUCAGGGAGCAGCGGUCAGCCCACAUUCAGACGGUCAUGUCAGUCAUGGAGACUUUAGAUCUCUCCAAGAUCCCAACCACUUGGAUGGACUACCUUGAAUUCUGCCUAGAGGUUGAAAUCAAACAUCUCCAGCAGAUUUCGGGCAACAAGUCUAUCGGACAAACCACGGCAACCAAGGCGACCGCCCCUAGGGACCCUAACGCAAUGGACACCAGCGCACAAAUCACCCACGAACUUUCCCCGGAACAAGACAGGUGGCUGGCAAACAAGCUAUGCUUGUUUUGCGGAAAGCAUGCCUACGAACGAGGAAAGCGGUGCCCUUCCCCCCAAGCCAGAGACAAGGGAAAGGGCAAAGCGACUAAGGUGCAGCAGGUGGAAGAAGAAGGUAGCUCAGACACAUCAUCUCAAAUUGUGGCAUUGGAGCAAGCAAUUGCUGCACUUCGCGGGAUGAGCACCACUUCGAAUACUCCACCAUCCAGCAAAAGCAAAGGCAAGGCGAAGAGCUCGGACACAGCAUCAAUGGCAUCGACAACUACGAUCAAGGACACCAAUGUGAGAAUCGUCAAGAUAGACGAUUUCUCAGAGGAUUUUCAGUACGAAGUGUAG